GCUCGGUCUCCUGGCAACCAGAUGCAGGGGCCAUGGCACUCUUAACACCCCAGGAAGUGAAAGAAGUCUUCCAAUUUCAGAGACCACAAGGUCGGGAGCACCUGCGGAGGCUUCUGAACUGGGAGGAGUUUGACGAACAAAGAGACUCCCGGAGGAGCAUCCUGCUGGACACCCUCUACCAGAGCAUCAUUUUUGCAGUGGGCAAAGGCUUCCCAUGGUUGGAGGUGGCCCAGGUGGUCAAGUUCACGGAAGAGCUGCUAAGGGAAACCAAAGGCUGCUCCAUUACUGAGGCUGUGACGAUCCUGGGGAACAAGCUCAGAGAUUACCAGGGCCAUUUCAACACCACCCACCUGCUGGCCCUCUGUGACUACUUCCACGACACCUUCAUCCGCCACUACAAACUCUACCAGUAUGUCCUGGGCCGGGACCAGCAGGUCGACCUGACCGUUGCCCACCUGGAGGUGUGCAUGCCACCCCAGCCCCUCCCACUGGCUGAGGGCAUGGACAGGGACUUGUGGACCCACGAGCAGCAGGUGGCCAUGCUGACGGAGUCCGAGGCACAGAAGCGCGCCGACGUGCUGCUCCUGAAAGAGGCCCUGCGCCUGGAGCAGGAGAGCUCACUGCAGAAGGCGUUCGCUGCCGCUGUGCCUGCGCAGCCCGGCCAGGUCCUGGAGAGACAGGAGUUGGAGAGCCUUGUCUGCGAGGCGGUCCACACCCAGAUGGAGAUCCUGCAGCAGCUGCUGCAGCGCCAGAUCCAGAACACAUUCACCAUCUUGGACCUGAAGCUUCAGAAGAAGACUCUGAACCUCAACGCCCCCACCCCUAUCCCGCCCCCCAUCACCAGCCACACAGGCCAGGAGGAAGCCCUGAAGCCCCAAAGAGCGAGCAAAGGAAAGAAAGCAAAGGCAAGGAAGUAGGAGGCCCCGACUGCCACACGAGACUGACUGGGGACCAGCCACCCAUAGCCAUGAGCCUUGCAGCACGGUGAGCUCAGCACCCAAGAGAGACUUCUCGUAAUUAAAAGAAACAAACC